AUGGAAAUCUCCAAGAUAACCAGCCCAGACGAUUGGUCGUACUUCGCGAAGGGCGCAGCCAACAUCCUCUUCAAAUACAACGGGCCCAACGACUACUUGAGACACAAACUACUUAGAGUAAGACUUCUCAAACAGGAAGACCAGUACAUUUCCACCUGCGAGCUCUACGACUUCAUCGAGCUCAAAUGCAAGCACCUAUUUCCACAGCAGAUCAUUGACAUUCAGCUUAUAGUGCUAACCACAGACUUUGUCAACCAAUUGGACUCCAAAGGAAACCAGUUGAUGCUAAAAGAAAGAUAUGGCUUGCUUAUUCCGAACAUACUUGACGGAGACUAUGAGAAACAGGUCCUACUGAAAAAUUGCACUUUGUACUACGAUUCAAAUUCAAGUACAACAAAUAUCAGCACGAAUUCAGAUACAAACAAGAUCGACUCUGUGAUCUUCGAAAUAAAACCCAAAUGGCUCUAUGACAACGUUUCGUCCAACUACUGCCGAACAUGCCUGUAUAACCAGCUUCGGCAAUACCCGAGACACUACUGUCCAUUAGAUUUCUUGUACAAACGAACUAUCGACACUGGCUUGGACGAUUUGUUCAAACCAAUUGCUCCCAAUAUUCUCGAGAAUAUCGAGAAUUCCAACAAAAUCCCUUUAAAGAAGUUGUUCCGCAACUUUCUCAAUAAUCCGGAAAAUGUGUUUCAAAAAUUGAAACAGUACCAAAGAAUUAAUUCCAAAAACGACCUCAUCAAGAACCUCUCUUCGCCGCUGGAUGUGCUGCUGAACCUCUCUUUGGUGAUGACUUUACGAGAUGUUGGGCUCUUUAUUAAGUUUGAAAAAUACAACCCCAACAAUAACGUUCACAAUUCACAGAACAACGUCAACAACUUGAUUGUACUAGAAGACGGCAAGUUCGUCGUUUCAUGUAAUAUCUACGACUUGGACUUGAAGUCGAAGUUGAAGUACAAACACUGGUUGGACGUUGAACUGAAGCUCCAGGGCAUUUAUAACUCCUCUAAUGAUGAUUGGAAGUACUGCGUAAGUUAUAAUGAAGCCACAGACGCAGACUUCAGCAGAGACUUGGCUAACGAAACUGUCGAUCCUAGUUCAAACAAUGAAGAAAUGGAAGUAGACAUAGGAAUAUGA